CUCCCGCCGUCUCAUUCCUGAAAAAAACGAAAAAAAAAACCACUUUAACCCUAAAAAGUAGAAACCCAAAAAUCUAAGUCAUAUUCCUUGGAGCUUUAAGCUGUAAAUGCUUCCUUCUGGUGGUCUUGAAGAGAAUAAGGAGAGGGUUCUGCUGUUGAAUGCUCUCUCUGUUUCACUCCCUCACAAUCCCUCUUUAUUUCAUGUCUUCUAUCACGGACUCUCUCUGCUGUGCUCAUCCAGGGUCCUUGCAAACCCUAGACACUGAUUUCUAUCAUAUACCUUUCAUUUCCUGCUUAGCUCCUAGCCGUCAAAGUCGAAAGCUUUUGGGGUUUCAUAUUUGGGCUCUGCGUGGUCAAGUUUGGUUCUGUACAAAACAUGAGUGAUUCUGAGCAAAAUGGCAUAGCUGAUGUUUCAUUAGCCUGCAUGGUCAGAGGAGAUGAUACAAAGACAACUAGUGAGCCCGUUCCAAUUGUUAGCAACUUGUUACCUCGAGGAAUAAUCAACUCUGGGAAUGUAUGCUUUCUCAGUGCAACUCUGCAGGCUCUCCUAGCCUGCUCCCCUUUUGUCCAGCUGUUGCAGCAAAUUAGACUUCGUAGCAUCCCUAAGGUUGGCUAUCCAACACUGAAUGCGUUUGUGGAGUUUAUCUCUGAAUUUGACUCACAUAGUGAUUCUAACUUAAAGAAGAAAGAUGUGACUGUUCUGGAGAUUGCUAGGCCUCUCUGUCCUAUCAUGUUUGAAGCUGUCCUUAAAGGUUUUACUCCAGAUGUGCCAAAUUGCAUAUCUGGCAGGCCAAGGCAGGAAGAUGCUCAGGAGUUCUUAAGUUUUGUCUUGCAUCAAAUGCAUGAUGAGUUACUCAAGCUUGAAGGACAAAUUGCUGGUAACAGGGAAAAUUCAUCUCUAGUUUCUUCUGUAGAAGAUGGUGAAUGGGAGACUGUCGGUCCAAAGAACAAAUCAGCUGUGACAAGAACACAAAGUUUUCUUCCUUCAGAGCUUAGUAAUAUUUUUGGGGGCCAGUUGAAAAGUGUGGUGAAGGCAAAAGGAAAUAAAGCUUCUGCUACUGUCCAACCAUUUCUCCUCCUUCACCUUGAUGUCCAUCCAGAAGCAGUUCAUACUAUUGAGGAUGCACUUCAUUUGUUCUCUGCUGCAGAAUAUCUCGAAGGGUAUCGUCCAACAGCUGGGAAGUCUGGGCUGGUGACUGCCAAAAAAUCCAUUAAGAUACAGGCGCUUUCCAAAAUAAUGAUAUUGCACCUCAUGCGAUUUAGUUAUGGCAGCCAAGGGAGCACCAAGUUGCAUAAGCCUGUUCACUUUCCUCUUGAAUUGUUGUUGGGACGUGAACUGCUUGUGUCUACCACCACCGAGGGCCGUAAGUACGAACUUGUUGCAACAAUAACCCACCAUGGGUGGGAGCCAUCCAAGGGGCAUUAUACUGCCGACGCAAGGUGUCAUAAUGGCCAAUGGCUUCAUUUUGAUGAUGCCUCUGUCACUGCCAUUGGAACAAACAAGGUCUUGCACGACCAGGCAUAUGUCCUCUUCUACAAGCAAGUCUAAAACACCACUUCACUUGUACCCUUGAUCGGAUAACAAUUUACUUAAUCCUUCCAAAUAAUGCGCGUGCUUCGAGCAAGAAUGAUUGGGCAAACUCUCCAAUUCUCACCCAACAAACACCGUCGCUAAGCUCAAAAAUGACAGUGCAACUUAUUUAUAGUUUCUUUGUGAUAAUGAUGAAAAUGUAUGGAAGUCCUCUGCUAUUCCUAUCCAAUGAAAGGGAUAUUAAUGCUUACUGUCACAACUUUUUUCCAAGAAAUCUAUUGAUUGAGU